AUCUUCAUUCACUGCUGGAUUCCGCAGAAGCGCUCAGGAACUCUGAAGCUCUUCCUCUCUCGGUUGGUUUGGGUCGCUGCAGUAUGGAGUUUAUUUCUGUUCACUUGUAGUAUUUUAGUAUUUUAGUAACUUUGCUCUGCUGCUACUUUUCUCUCGUUCCUGGCGCUUUUCCAGCGACCUUAGAGGAUGGAUAUUACCGUUGCACCUUUACUAAUUAUCCUAAUUAAAGCUAUCACGGCUACACCUCGCCAUGGAAGAGACCUCAUGCCUUACAUGCCCAACGUGUGCACGGAACGGGAAGUGAAACUGGUGGCUCAGAUGCAGCCCUGCGUCCAGGCCUUCACCCGUAUGGUCAAAGUAUGGAAGCAAGGAUGUCAGGGACAGACCUGGUGCAUGGGCUACGAGAGGAGGACGGCGUAUUACACUGCUUACAGACAAGUGUAUCGACAGGAUUACCAGACAGUGCACAAGUGCUGCCCAGGAUGGUCACAGCUCAACGGGGAGGCCGGUUGUCUGUAUCCCGUCUGCAGCUACGGUGUCUGUUUCAAUGGAGGCCGGUGCAGAGAGGGAUCCACUCAGCUCUGUGACUGCCCUGCCGGCUUCAGUGGGCCCAGCUGUCAGUAUGAUGUGAAUGAGUGUGAGGAGACUAAUGGUGGGUGUGAGGCGUUGUGCUGCAACACUAUCGGCAGCUUCUACUGCAAGUGUCCCUCAGGCCAAGAGCUCCAAGAGGAUGGAAAGACCUGCCAAGAUAUUGAUGAAUGCCAGGUUCAUAACGGAGGCUGCCAACACAAGUGUGUGAACACCAGAGGGUCCUACCACUGCCAGUGUAACGCCGGCUCUCGUCUGCAUGUGGACGGACGUACUUGCAUCGCUGUCCACUCCUGCGGUAUCGGCAAUGGAGGAUGUGAGCACUACUGUGUCCAGCAGACAGCAGCCCACUUCCAGUGCCGCUGUCGCCCCAACUACACACUCGCUGAGGACGGCAAGCACUGCACCCUGUCUGACCCGUGUGCGGUCAGAAACGGUGGCUGUUCUCAGGAGUGUCGCACUGAUGGAGGGAGGGCUCACUGUGACUGCAGCCCAGGAUACACUCUGGCAGAGGACGGCAAAACCUGUGAAGACAUCAACGAGUGCCAGACGGGUCAGGCGAACUGUGCACAUGGUUGCCGCAACACCAGGGGCUCAUUCGUGUGUGUUUGUAAUGCUGCCUAUGAGCUGGGAGAAGAUGGAAAACAGUGCUACCGGAUUGAGAUGGAGAUUGUGAACAGCUGUGAGGUGAAUAACGGCGGAUGCUCCCACCACUGUCAGCACUCCACCAGUGGGCCGGUGUGUAGCUGUAAUCAGGGCUACCGGCUGGACGAUGACCUGAGGACGUGUAUAGAUCUGGAUGAGUGUGUAGACGGUAGCUCAUGUUGUGAGCAGGACUGUACAAACUACCCAGGAGGCUACGAGUGCUACUGCGCUGCUGGAUAUCGGCUCAACUCUGAUGGGUGCAGCUGUGACGAUAUAGACGAGUGUCUGGCUGAAAACGGAGGCUGUGAUCACACGUGUCAGAACAGCGCUGGAUCGUUCCAGUGCUACUGCAAACGAGGUCAUCGCCUGGAUGAAGACCGACGCUCCUGCAUCUUGUUGGAAGGAGCAGUUGAGGCUCUGAGCAAUGGCCAGGCGGUGGAGAGGCCCAAACCACAGCUGGCCGUCCUACAUGACUAUGAGGCUCUGGAGCGCUAUGAUGACUAUGAGGAGGAUACCAGCGAGCUCCGAGCAGAGAGCUCACUGACGGAGAAAUUCGUGUGUCUAAAUGACACCUUUGGUUUUGACUGCAGUUUGAGCUGUGAGGACUGUGUGAAUGGAGGUGUGUGUAAUGCUUAUAGAAGUGGCUGUGAGUGCCCAGACGGUUGGACAGGAAUCAUCUGCAACCAGACGUGUCCUGAGGGCUGGUUUGGCCGGAACUGCUCUUUCAGCUGUAAAUGUAAGAACGGAGGUGUGUGUGAUCCGGUGACUGGAAGCUGCCGCUGUCCGCCGGGCGUCAGUGGAGAUCUCUGCCAGGACGGCUGUCCCAAAGGCCUGUAUGGAAAACACUGCAAUAAGAAAUGUAACUGUGCUAAUAACGGCCGCUGCCACCGCACAUACGGAGCCUGUCUGUGUGACCCGGGGCUGUACGGAAGAUUCUGCCACCUGCCGUGUCCGAAGUGGGUGUUCGGGCCGGGCUGCUCGGAGGAGUGUAAGUGUGUGCAGCAGAACACACUGGAGUGUCACCGCCGACACGGGAGCUGCAUCUGCAAACCUGGUUUCUGGGGCAACAAAUGUGAGAAAGAGUGUGAUGAAGGCUUCUUCGGCUCAGGCUGUGAGAAGAAGUGUUCCUGCCCGUCUGGCUCCACCUGUAAUCCUGUGACCGGGGCGUGUCAGCAGCAGUGUCCGGCCGGCAAGACAGGAGAAAACUGUGACCAGGAUUGUGAAAUUGGGACGUUUGGGCUCAGCUGUUCUCAGUCAUGUGACUGUUCAGGAGCCCCUUGUGACCAGGUGACCGGACAGUGCAGAUGUCCAGCAGGGGUGAUGGGUAGCCGCUGUGAGAAAGAGUGUCUCGCAGGGCAGUGGGGGGAGGGCUGUAAGGAGACGUGCCCAGUGUGUGAGAAUGGAGGCGAGUGUGAUAAACAGAGUGGCACCUGCAUUUGUACACCUGGAUACAUGGGCAGACUCUGCCAGAACUUAUGUCCGGCUGGGCGUUUCGGUCAGGGCUGCCAGCUGAAGUGUGUGUGUGAGAACAGCGGACGAUGCCACCCUGUGACGGGGCGCUGCACGUGCGCGCUGGGCUGGACGGGACACAACUGUAAGAAAGCGUGUGAUGCGGGACACUGGGGGCCGGACUGUGUGAGGGUAUGCGACUGUAAGAACAGUGACGGGAGCUGUGAUCCUGCUACAGGCCAGUGUACCUGUGAACCUGGCUUUACUGGAGUUCACUGUGAGCACAAAUGCCCUGCUGGCUUUUUUGGUUCAGGCUGCCGGCAGCACUGCCAGUGUGAAAAUGAAGCGUCAUGUGACCACGUGAGUGGAGCCUGUACCUGCAGCAUGGGCUGGACUGGAACUUUCUGUGAAAAACCCUGUCCACAGGGUUUUUAUGGGCUGGACUGCCAGCAGAAGUGUGUCUGUGUGAACGGUGGACAGUGUAAUCACAUCACUGGUGAAUGUGUUUGUUCAUCAGGCUGGCUGGGUACCACCUGCAACCAGACUUGUCCCUCUGGCUUCUAUGGUGAAGGCUGUUCCCAGACCUGCACUUGCCAGAACAGUGUGAGCUGCCAUGCUGCCAGUGGUCAGUGUGUGUGUACGGCAGGUUGGACAGGUGUAAAUUGCUCCCAAAAAUGCCCAGAGGGCUCGUUUGGAUUGAGCUGCACUCAGCCCUGCCUGUGCCAGAACGGCAGGUCAUGUGAUCACGUCAGCGGACACUGUUCCUGUGCCAGCGGCUGGACAGGGGCGGCCUGUGAACUGGAGUGCGCUACAGGACGUUUCGGGACAGACUGUCAUCGUGAGUGUGAGUGUGAGAAUGGAGGCCAGUGUGACAGACAGACGGGGGUGUGUGUGUGUGGAGCAGGCUGGGUUGGAGAGCGCUGUGAGAAAGCGUGUGCGUCGGGCCGGUUCGGGGUGAGCUGUGAGGAGCAGUGUCGGUGUGAACAUGCCGCUUCCUGUCACCACAUUACUGGAAGCUGCUUGUGUCCUCCAGGAUGGAGAGGGGUACACUGUGAAAAAGCCUGUUUGCCAGGCAGGUAUGGUAAGGAUUGUGCUGAGCUGUGCGUCUGCCCUCAGGGCACAUCCUGCCAUCAUAUCACCGGAGAGUGUGGCUGUCCACCGGGCUACACUGGACACGGCUGUGAACAGACUUGUCUGCCCGGCACCUACGGACUCAACUGUAAUCAGGUGUGUCAGUGCUCUGAGAGAAAUCAGCUGUGCCACCCGGUGUCUGGAGAGUGCUACUGCGCUCCAGGUUACAGAGGACCAAAGUGUGAUCUUGAGUGCGAGAGCGGGAGAUAUGGUCCAGAUUGUGAGAGGCAGUGCCAGUGUCUGAAUGGUGGGACGUGCCAGGCUACAACGGGUGCCUGUGAAUGUCCACCUGGCUUUAUAGGAGCUCAGUGCAACAUCACGUGCUCAGCUGGGCGUUAUGGGCAGGACUGUGCCCACGUGGCACUCUGUGGCGAUGGUGCGAGGCCUGACCCGGUUACAGGGAGAUGCGUGUGCAACCCUGGGCACCAAGCAGAAGACUGUGGGCAAGGCUGUGCUCCAGGCUGGUACGGUGUGGACUGUUCUCAGCGCUGUAACUGCAGUAACAGAGGCAUGUGUGACUCCGCCUCUGGAAACUGCUCCUGUGGACUGGGCUUUACUGGACUGCACUGUGAGGAAGAAUGCCCCGAGGGUCGAUAUGGUCCGAACUGUGUGCUGGAGUGCGAGUGUCAGCACAACAGCUCUUGUGAUGGAGUGACGGGAACCUGCCGAUGUGGACCAGGAUACUAUGGACAUCUCUGUGAGCAUGUGUGUCCUGCAGGUCUGUAUGGAUCUCGCUGUCAGCAGCACUGUGACUGUAUGAACGGAGCUCCGUGCCACCCGAGCACCGGGCACUGCGUCUGCCCUGCAGGGUACCGGGGACCUCGCUGUGAGACAGAUUGUGAACAGGGCACAUUUGGUCACAAUUGUUCUCAGUCAUGUGAUUGUGCGGAGGGCACGCCGUGUGACCCGGUGAGUGGCAGGUGUCUGUGUUCCUCAGGAAAGACUGGGAUCAAAUGUGACAGCGACUGUACAGUGCAGCAGUUCGGGCCAGACUGUGCACUACACUGCGAGUGUGAGAACGGAGCCGACUGCGACAGCCGGAACGGGCGCUGCACGUGUCUGAACGGAUGGAUUGGGCUCACGUGUACGGAAGGUGUUCCUCCACAAUCCUCCAGCAGCAGCAGCAGGAGCAGGAGAAAGGACGAGUCACAUCACAACUCAUUAUAGGCCUCUCCUUCUGAGCAGCUCCACAGGCUGAAGCAGAGAGGGAACUAAGUGCACAAAUGCAGCUACUGACCUGUCCUCUGGGGCUCCUUUAAAGCUCCUGCUUCGGCUGUACGGGAACAGAACAGUGUCUGAAAGCACACCUGGAAACUCUCAGAGGAGGGCAAAACGUUAUUAUUGUGUUAUUAAGUUUGUGAACAGCGAGUCCCAUCAGGACAGGAGACGCUGUUUGGCUCAGCGCUGAAGCUGCAGGCUGGUUUCUUGCUGACCCUCAACAGAAGAACAUUAAGUGCUGCUGAUCGUCCCCUCAGUUCUACACCCUUUAUGAAGCGACGCAAUCAAAUGAGGAUCAGUCCUGAAGGUGGAUGUCGGAGACGAGCCCAUGUUUAAAAAGGUGCCUCCAUACGACACACCACAGCACUUUACACGAGUGAGCGCAAUCCAGGAUCAACAGUUUUACACAUAAAAAUAAAUAACUGAUUCCAGGUUCUCUCUCGUUAGGCCUGUCACAAUGACAAGUUAUUUUUGGACAGUAUAUUUGCUCUGAAAUAAACAACUCAUUGUCUUUUAAUAACCAUUUUAUAAUAUACAGCUCUGAAAAAAAUUAGACCACUUCAGUUUCUGAGUCAGUUUCUCUGAUUUUGCUAUUUAUAGGUUUAUGUUUAAGUAAAAUGAACAUUAUAAAUAGUAUUAAUAUAAUUUAAGAAUUUAGAAAUCAAUAUUUGGUGGAAUAACCCUGUUUUUUAAUCACAGUUUUCAUGCAUCUUGGCAUCAUGUUCUCCUCCACCAGUCUUACACACUGCUUUUGGAUAACUUUAUGCUGCUUUACUCCUGGUGCAAAAAAUCAAGCAGUUCAGUUUGAUGGUUUGUGAUCAUUCAUCUUCCUCUUGAUUAUAUUCCAGAGGUUUUUAAUUUGGUAAAAUCAAAGAAAUUUAUCUAUUUUUUUUCCAGAGCUGUAUACCUUAUUGUUCAUAAAUUUUACAACACCCCUAUUGUUUAGUAGUUUAGUAUUGUUUAGCAGCUCUUAGCAAUGACUUUAUUACUGCAGUUCUUCACCUGUCAGACUAACUCAAAAUUUUCUCCUUACUGCUGAAACUGAGACUUUUAAUGUUCAAUGUUAAUCUGAACUAAAGGCUAAAGCUGUUGCCAUGUGGGUCAGCCAGACGUGACUCUUCUUGUAGCAAUUUUCUCCAGUUUCCUCCAAAAGGUGUAGGAAACAGUACUCACUGCUCUCUGGCUUCAUCAGUACUGUAAUUUAUCUAAAGAAAAGACUUUAUUAUUUUAAUAGUUAGUGUUUCUGUGUCUUUUUCUAGUUAUUAUGAUGAAAGUUUAAAUGUGCUGUGUUGUAAGUGUGUAAAAGCUGCAGUAGAGAAUGCAGUAACACACUCUGUUCCAGCACUGCUUUAAAUACAAAAGCUUUUAAAUUGCUAUAUACCAGCUGUAUUUUGUACACUGGAUUUUGUAACUAUUUCCAGUAACUGACUGGACCUAAAGAUCUUAAAUGGCAAAAUUAAAGGAAAAAUGGGGGUGUUGUAAAAUGUGAUUACAAGUGUAUAUAUACAUAUAUAAUAAUGUAACUACAGUACAGAUGUACUGGUACAUUCACAUUAAUGGGCUCUCCUUGCUAAGAGAAACAUAACAGCCAAUAUCAAGAUACCAAAAGUUAUUGUGAUAAUGUUUACUAAAGUCUAAUAAAGCUAAAUAAUUAUUGUGACAGGUCUAGCUCUCGUAGUCUGAAAGGUGAUGCAGGACAUCUCUGGUCUUUUUACAGUCUUUGUUCACUUAAAAUGCAGAUUCUUUGCAUUCUAGGUGCAGAUGUUUCGUCUGUGUUGUGCUCGUAUUUGUAGCUGUAAAUAUAUUUCAGCAUUUUAUGGGUAAUCCUGCUGUUUCAGGGCAUUUAGCAUCGUUUUCAUUGUUUAUUUUGAAGUCCAUAUUUCAUAUCGUGAUGCUUUUAACUACAGUAUAUGUCUAAAUGUGAGUGUGGCCACUCCUCCAGCUACUUUAUGUUGGAAAUGUUGCUGACACAGAUGUGCAAAUGCACAACUACAGUCUGUUUAGUCCCUCUAGAGAUGCAUUAUUGCAUUUAUUGUGUGGACGGCUGACAGUAGAAGGUUUAAAGCCCCUCAGCAUUGAGUUGUGAAGCAAAAACCUUGUAUCUUCCUUUAUGCAAUUUUUACCUUUUGAUUUAAUGUAAUUCUGGCAGAUGGUCGUCAUAUUAUGUCAAAAUUUCACGAUUCAAAAUUACUGCACUUUGAAUUGAAUAUUUUUAUUUCCAUAUAAGAGUUUUUUUUUUUUUUUCUCCUGUGAAGGUGCUAUUUUGGAGAUACCAGUUUUUUUUUUAAAGCUUACAUUCAGCUCCAGCAGCCUUAAAUUUUAGAAACUAAAAUAUCACCACUAUCACCAUGCAUUUGAUUUUAGUGUUUAAAUACUUUAAGCUUUAUAUAAUUCAUAAACUGCUGCAUUAUUUGUGGACGGACCUUUAUUGUUUGAAUGCCAUUAAUUUUUUUAUUUGUUUUUUUUUAUAUGCAAAGUGCCUUUUUUUUUAAUGGACAUGGUGCUAUUUUGCCUUUGCUCUUUACAAUCGAGUGUUUGAUAGUACAUUUAUAUUACAGAAUUUCCUCUAGAACGAUGAUGAUGAUGAUGAUCAGGGAUAUGGCACAAUAAUGCAAUACCCCUGCAGUCAGUUCUUCACUGCUGAACCUCACGCUCAUUUUUGCUAUACUGUUGUGUAUGUAUAGAGUUUUAAGUUUUAGAUGUGCACAUUUUUGAGAAUUUUAUAUUGAUGUGAAUUUUUCCCAUAUGGUAGAGUUUAAUUAUCAUGUUUCAUUUGUGAAGUUAGUAAACAAAAAAAAAAAAAACUAGAAACCCUUUGGAGAAUAUUUUAAAUAUUUUUUUACAUUUUUGUCUCAUUAUUAAUUUUCCUUCACCGGACGAAAGACAAAAAAAGACAAAAUAACAUUGUAUUUAUCAUUUUUAUAAUCUCCAUUUCAUAGAUACUGAAGCUGUACAUGUCUAAAUUCAGAUUCAAGCACAAUGCAGUUUAGCAAUGCCUGUCAAUGAAAAUAAAAAAAGGCCAAAGUGAUCACAACAGUUAUAUGUAUAUAUGUACAAAGGUCAAACUAUAUACAGAUAUCUGUCUCAACAUACAGUAUCUCUCCACGCAGGGUGGAAAUGUAAGCUUGCUAUUGUUUUACAUUAUACAGAGUUCUUCAAAAUGCAUAUUCAGUGCAAAUAAUUGCUCCUCGUUGUCGUCACCACCAUCAUAAUUAUAACCACCGUCCCCACAACCACCAUCCAUGUCAUUAUCAAAUCAGGGCAACGAAGAAUGGUAAAAAAAUAAAAUUAUUUUCUCACCCUUUUCCUUAAAAUACUGAACAUAAAAAAUAAUCUCUCGGGAAAUAAAGAAUGAUGCUUAGAUAUAAGCACUCUUCCUGUAUUUAUUUUUAUUUAAUACAGGUCUGAUUGAUAUAUAUAUAGAUAUAUUUAUGAUAUUGAUAUAUUCAAGGAAUCAGCGCUGUAUCCCUCUUCUUCUGUUACACUGCUGUGGCGUUAGGUAAUAAAUAUUAAAAUAUUAACAUGAGAGGUGGAUAAAAAAAAAAAAAAAACAA